GGGCGAUGGUGCCGCGGCUGCUGCUCGCCGCGGGGCUGCUGCUCGCCGCUGACACCGGGAACUCUGCAGGUGACAGCUCACAGCAGCAGAGUGAAGAAUUAGGACACUCCUGGUCCGUGACCCCGUGGGUCCUGUGGGAUAACCGGAUACUCAGCUUGGCAGAAGCGACCCAGGAGGGGUUCCCCGCCCGUCUGAGAGUCCUGCUGGAGCUGGAGGGGAUGCGGCUGCUGCUGGAGCUGGAGCAAAACUGGGAGCUGGUGCAGGGCACCGGGGCGCUGCUCUAUUACCUGCCCGACGGCACACGGGUGAUCCAGGAGCCCAGCGAGCAGGAGCACUGCUGCUACCAGGGGACAGUGCAGGGCUUCUCCGGCUCCUGGGCCAGCCUCUGUGCCUGCGCUGGACUCAGCGGCCGCCUCUGGCUGUCGGACACCAGGAGCUACACACUGGAGCCGGACGCCAGCAGCCUCCCAGGGCAGCACCUUCGGGUGGUGCGGCUGGAGCCGCAGAGCUGCGGGCAGGGCCCCCGCGCUGGGGCAGGGGCAGCAGAGCCCCUCUGGCCACAGAGGGGCAAGCGGGCAGCAGCAGAGCAGCACUUUGUGGAGCUGGUGAUGGUGGUGGACCACGCUGCGUUCCGGAAUUACCCCAGCCUACAGCGUGUUCACACUCGGACCCUGGAAAUUGCCAACCAGGUGGAUGUGUUCUUCCGCCCGCUGGGAGUGCGGGUGGCCCUGCUGGCGGUGGAGGUCUGGAGCGAGGGCGACAAGAUCGCGGUGGGCGGCAGCGCCCGGGCCGUGCUGGAGCGGUUCCUGCGCUGGCGCCGGGAGGAGCUGCUGCCCCGGCUGCCCCACGACAAUGCCCAGCUCCUGACGGGUGCCCACUUCGAUGAUGUCUCAGUGGGGAUGUCGACUCAAGCCUCCAUGUGUUCCCCCACACGUUCCGGGGGGGUCAGCAUGGACCACUCCGUCAGUGUCCUAGUCGUCGCCUCCACCGUGGCCCAUCAGCUGGGGCACAACCUGGGCAUGCGCCACGACGGCACCGGGCGUCUCUGCAACUGCGGCGACCUCCAGCACGACCGUGGCUGCAUCAUGGCACCGCCUACAGGGUUGACGCCUGGCUUGAGCUUCAGCAACUGUAGCCGGCAGGACCUGGAGCGCAGCCUGCAGCAGGGCCAGGGCUGGUGCCUCUCCAACGUCCCCGAGCCCCAGCUCCUGACGGGGAGCCCCACCUGCGGGAACCACUUCGUAGAGCUGGGUGAAGAAUGUGACUGCGGCCUCAGCGUGGAGUGCACCGAUCCUUGCUGCAACAGCAGCUCCUGCCAGCUGAUGCCAGGCGCCGUGUGUGCAUCCGGGGACACCUGCUGCCAGGACUGCCAGCUGCGCCGUGCUGGACACGUGUGUCGGGAGCUGCUGGGCGAGUGCGACCUGCCCGAGUUCUGUGACGGGGUCUCACCGCGCUGCCCCCCUGACACGUUCCUGCAGGACGGGCAGCCCUGUGCCGGCGGGCAGGCACGCUGCUACAGCGGGGCCUGUGCCACCUAUGAGGGGCAGUGCCAGCAGCUGCUGGGGCCAGGUGCCGGUCCUGUCUCCAGCUCCUGCAUGGCCGCCCUGAACACAAGAGGGGAUGAACGUGGGCACUGCGGGCAGCUCCCCAACGGCUCCUAUGUCACUUGCACCCAGCAGGACACCAGCUGUGGGAUGCUGCAGUGCCAGCGCGGCAGCACCCGCGAAGGGUCCUGCCAGGGCACCGCCCUGGCCGGGGACGAGGAUGUGACCGAUGCGGCCAUGGUGCUGCCUGGCACCGCCUGUGGGCCCGGGAAGAUGUGCCUCCAGCACAGGUGCCAGGACGUCUCCGUGCUGGGUGACCAGCAGUGCCAGAGCAAAUGCCACGGGCACGGGGUGUGCAACAACCACGGGCACUGCCACUGUGAGCGGGGCUGGGCCCCCCCAACCUGCGACAGCCCCGGCGUGGGGGGCAGCCAGGACAGCGGCCCUGCCGGCCUCGAGCGAGGGGGAAGCGCCCUGCCCACGGCCCUGCUGCUGAGCGCGCUGCUGGGGCUGGCGCUGGCGCUGGGGCUGUGCCGAGCCCGCCGUGCCGGCCUGCACAAGCACCUCUGCCAGCUUGGCAAAGGCACCUCCUGCCAGUACAGUGCUGAGACCCGGGUGCGGUUCCUGGGUCCCGGAGCCGCAGACGGCUGGAGCGGGAUCUCACAGCCAGAGCCCCGGUCGGGCAGCAACCAAGGUCCCCCUGCGCGUCCCCGGCCCCCGCAGUGGCGUCAAGCCACAGAGCUGCAGGUCAUGCAUGGCAGCAAGCCGGCUGCCCUCGGCUCAGCCCGGCCUGAUCCGCCCUCCCGGCCUCUCCCGCCGGACCCUGUGCCCAAGGCCCCCCCCUCGGACAGGCCACCCCCCCCCACACGCCCGCUGCCUGCGGACCCUGUGCUGCUGGGCACCCAGCCCCCAGGUCCGGCCAAGCCGCCCCCACCACAGCGGCCGCUGCCCUCGGACCCCUCGGGCCCUUCGCUGCCCCGCAGUGAGACCCCCCCUGGGCACCCCUAUGUCACCGUGAUUCCUGCCAGGUUCCUGCGGGACGACUACUCCAUCCAGGUGGCCAUCAAUGACUACCUGGACAUCUACUGCCCGCACUACGAGGGGGCGGUGCCCGCCGGCCGGGCAGAGACCUUCACGCUCUUCAUGGUGGACCGGGAGGGCUAUCGCGGCUGCUACGAGACCCCCGGCGCCUUCAAGCGCUGGGAGUGCAACCGGCCCCGGGCGCCCUUCGGGCCCGUCCGCUUCUCCGAGAAGAUCCAGCGUUUCACCCCCUUCUCACUCGGCUUCGAGUUCCAGCCGGGGGAGACCUACUACUACAUCUCCGUCCCCAGCCCCGAGAGCGCCGGGCGAUGCCUGAAGCUGCGCGUCACCGUCUGCUGCCGAGGCACCACGCCAGAGCCGGUGACAGAGGUGCCGAAUUCGCAGCCCCGAGGGCGCGGGGACCCCGAGGAUGUGGUGCCUGCCCGGGGUACCGCGGUCCCAUCGCAGCUCUGCAACCCGUGCCUGGCGCUCCUGCUCCUGGCCCUGCUCUGGAUCUGACCCCGGCGCUGCCCGUGGCGGGGGGAUGGGCUCCUCUGCCCCAACGCCGUUUCCAGACUCUUCCUCACAACCAACACUCCCAAGCCCGUGGGGCAGCCCCAGGCCAUGACCCGCCUGCUGGACCUCCGCGAAGCCGAGCUGGGGCCGGGAGCUCCGGGCUGGAAGGUGAGGGCCAGCGGGGGCUCCAGGGCAGUGUUUGAGCGGGUUCCUGCUGCCCUGAAGCAUCCCUGGACGGGGCUCUUUCCCUCUCAGGGCCAUCGCUUGCCAGCGGCAUCGCCGCACAUCGGGAUUGCCGCGAGUUCAGCAUCGCCACGCGCCGGGAUUGCCGCUCCCCGGCGCCGUCCCACCGGCCACCCGCCCUGGUGCUGGGGUCCCCUCAGCGAACGCCUGCUCCGCCCCACGGCCAUCACCUCAUCUCGUGCCUUUCCCCACGGACCCCCACCCCUGGGGCCCAGGGACCCCCGACCCCCGAACGGGGCAACCGCUCCGAUGGCGGCAUCCGCCGCUGCCGUGUCCUCCUCCAGAGGGGACACGCUGAUCUGUCUUCCGAGAAGACGCCUUCCUCCGUGCCCUCGGUUUGGUUUUAACCCCUGGUAGUGACUGAGCAAUACAGUGUUUGCAA